AUGAAUCACAAAGGACUCAUCAAGAAGAUGAUGGUACGCGAGAUGGAGCAGGUGGCGCAUAAAGCGUCGAUGUUCCGCCGCGCAAGCUGCCCAGAAGUAAAAAUCGAACAUCCGUCCGACGAGCAGAAGGAGCGCUUCAACCACUUUAUCGCCGAGAUUCUGGUCGUCGGCAUUGACGGGCUGCUGAAGGACUACGAGACGGAGCUGAAGGGUUAUUAUACACCGAACAUUCGCCGCACCGCAUUCGACCGAAACCCGAACAAGAAUCGCUACAAAGAUGUCGUUUGCCUUGACCACAGCCGCGUUGUGUUGCAGGGGAAAGAAGGCGAUUACAUCCACGCUAACCAUGUCCGAGGAGAGCCCCUGAUCAACAACUUCAUCUGCACCCAAGGACCGCUGGCCAGCACGUGCGUCGAUUUUUGGCGGAUGGUCGUGCAGGAGCACGUCGGAAACAUUUUUAUGCUUUGCCAGGUGGAAGAACUGGGCAAGAAAAAGUCUGAGCAGUACUGGCCGAACGUCGCGGGAGCACAGAAGGUAUAUGGAGCCUACACCAUUCACUGCACAGCCGUCGACUCGAGUGACAAGCGCAUCGUGCACACAUCGCUUCGGGUUGAGGAGAACGGGAAAGAAGUCUGCUCCCUCAAGCACUACCAAUGGAUUGAUUGG